AUUAUUGUUUUUAUAAUAAAAAUAUUUUCCCAAAAUUAACAUUUAAAAGGAAACCAAAAAUUAAGCAGGAAUCCAGCAGCCUCUAUUUCUCACUCUUUGCCCAGAACCAAAUCCCGAUUUCUUCCGCAACUUCCGUUGACUUGUUCUCUUUGAUUCCGAUCUUAUUCAUCUUGAAGGAGGAGAAGAAUACAGAAUUGAACACAACAUAACAGAAAUUUCAUCUUUUUAGAGUGAUUGAUUGAGGAAUUUACUUUGAUAUCAGCUUCUGAAAAGGAAGCUAUGGAGAUAAAAUCUUACCAGAAUCAGGCUGAGCUGUUGGUGAAGGAAUAUUUACUAGCAGAUUCCGUCAUCCCAUAUACAUCAGUUAUUUGUGGCAUUUGUGCUUGCAAGAUGGUAUAUGAUUUUACACAAUUGUUUAGCAAUGUUUACUUUAAGAGCUAUCCUGGUCUAUCAAAACUUCAGCGGACAGAGUGGAGCAACCGAUCCAUAUCAACCUUUCAUGCCAUUUUCAUAGCAAUUAUGUCCCUCUACUUUGUCUUUUGGUCAAAUCUCUAUUCUGACCAUGAAUAUGCUGGCCCGAUUACUUUCCGCAGUUCUGCACUGUCUACCUUCACGUUGGGGGUAUCUCUUGGUUACUUUCUUUCUGACCUUGCAAUGAUCAUUUGGUUUUACCCUUUUCUGGGUGGAAUGGAGUAUGUCCUUCACCAUCUUCUAUCAGUAGCGGGUAUAGCAAAUCCUAUGUUGACAGGGGAGGGUCAGGUUUACACGUUCAUGGUACUCAUCUCUGAGAGUACGACCCCUGGGAUCAACUUGAGAUGGUAUCUUGACACAGCUGGAAUGAAGAGAUCCAGAGCUUACUUAAUUAAUGGAGUUGUAAUGUUUGUAGCGUGGCUGGUUGCUAGAAUUCUCCUGUUUAUGUAUCUAUUUUACCAUAUCUACUUGCACUAUGAUCAGGUUAAGCAGGUUAAUAGUUUGGGACAGUUAUUAAUAUCCAUUGUGCCUUUAGUCCUAUCAGUUAUGAACUUAAUGUGGUUCGGAAAGAUUAUCAAGGGACUAAUGAAGACAUUAGCAAAGAGGCACUGAAAUGUACAUCGAAGCAGAUACUGGUGAAGUGAGAGUGGGAAAGAGAAACCCUUUCAUUUAGGCUCAAUGCCCUGUGCAUUCCCUGUUUGACUUUGUGAAUGUUGUAAAUGGUGUAAAGAGUAUAGGUAAAAACCAUAAAACUGUAACGGCUUCUGAUUCAAUGUAAAAAGGAAAAACCCAUCUUGUAGUGCUGAAAAAUGAUUAACAAAAUCUGAAUAACGAUGCAUCGAUAUGAAAUCUAUUUGGAAAUACUAAAGGGCCAGUAAUGGAAUUUUUUCUUUGGGCA